AUGCCCCGUGAAAAGCAGAAGAGAGGCCGUCGGGCCGAGCAGAAAGCUCAAAAAGAUGACUCAAAGCACGAGUACGAUGAUGCGCUUGAAGCGCCCUCCGCAAAACGCAUCAAGCCUUCCGACGACACCGAUCAGAACGCCGAAGCCUCGUAUGAGGAGAACGCAGACUACAUUCCCCUCGCCAUGGGAGAUGAUCAGGGAGAUAUUGAAGAGACCGCCGAUGCAGGAAAUGGGGAUAUGCCAUUCUACGGUCUGCUCGACACGGAUGAGCAGGAAUAUUUUGCGCGCGCCAACGAGAUGCUCGAGGCGAACCAAUUCCAAGACGCCGAAGAGAGGAAUCUGUUCGUGGAGAGUGUAUACCAGGAGGCCAAUGGCAAGGAGUUAAAAAUUGCUUGCAGUCAGGGCUGUUCGAGACUUAUGGAAAAGUUGAUCUCCAUGUCAGAUGUCAAGCAAAUUCGUCGGGUCUUCGGCAAAUUUCUCGGUCACUUCCUUCACCUUGUGCAGCACCGAUUCGCGAGCCACUGUUGCGAAACACUCUUCAUCCACGCUGCCCCGGCCGUUAUGCAGAAGACACCGAAAGCCCCGCCCAAGAAAUCGGAGGACGGUGAAGACGAGACGGAUCUGUCACUCGCCGAGAUGUUCAUGAGUGUGAUUGAGGAACUGAAAGAAAACUGGGGUUAUCUCUUGACGGAACGGUUUGCGUCGCAUACAAUUCGAGUGCUACUACUAGUUCUCGCUGGAGAGCCUGUGGAUGUUACGUCGAAAGAUUCGGUGGUCGCGAGCCGCAAAAAGGAAAGAUUGGGUCUCCCGGCAGCCGGCGCGCAAGAGGAGAGUACCCCUACGCAAAAGCGGAGCGUUCCGGAAUCUUUCGAGCCCGCACUGAAGAAGAUGAUGGCCGAUAUGGUUUCAGGGCUGGACGACACGUACCUGCGCGCUCUGGCUACGCAGCCCAUCGGAAAUCCCGUUCUUCAGGUGAUGCUCUUCUUGGAGCUCUGUCACUUCGGAAAGUCUAGCGCCAAGGAUCCGAAGUCCAUUCUUCGUAGACUCGUCCCCGACGAGUCAUUUGAGGAGGGAACAGACAGUGCAACAUUUAUCCGCGGUCUGCUAUAUGAUCCAGUGGGCUCCCGAUUGGUGGAGACUAUGGUGCGGUAUAUGCCCGGCAAGGUGUUCAAAAACUUGUACAAAAACAACAUUCGCGAUCGCAUUGGUUCCCUGUCCCGAAACAGCACUGCAGGCUACGUUGUUCUGCGGACCUUGGAGAGACUUGGAAAGGACGACUUGCAGAGCGCAAUGGAUCUCAUCAUCCCCGAAGUUCCAGGUCUGGUCGAACGGUCACGCCUCAUCGUCCCUCGGGUGCUAAUUGAGCGUUGCGUUAUUCGGAAUGUUGACACGAAACCUUUCGCCCAGGCACUCGAGGAGGCGUACGAUGCGGACCCGACGACCCGGCUCCGACAGAUGCUCAGACUCGGCGAGCCAACAGACAAAAUGGUAGAGGAUGAAGAGGAUGAAGAAAUGGGGGAUGUGGACGAGGGUAGGAUGGAACGCAAGCACAAGACCCACACUGGUGGCUCGUCGACGUCUGCCGCGGAGAAGCUGCACGGCUCUCUACUGGCACAGGCGAUGCUCACUGUGCCGGGGCCUCUCAGUGAGCUGGUUUACUCCAGUCUUCUUGCACAAUCGUCCGAGACUAUUGUCCAGCUCGCGAAGGAAGCCACUUCCUCUCGUGUUCUGCAACAAGCCCUGACUCUUCCGACUUCAACCGCCCAAUUCCGGCGACAAUUCAUCACCCGGUUCCAGGGCCAUUUGGUCGAACUCGCCCAGGACAACAGCGGAUCCCACGUUGUGGAUGCCCUCUGGUCCGCCACCAAGGAUAUCUUCUUUGUGAAGGAGCGGAUGGCUCAGGAGCUUGCACAGAACGAGAUGACUCUCCGCGACUCUUUCUUAGGUCGUGCCGUGUGGAGGAAUUGGUCGAUGGAUCUAUACAAGCGCCGGCGGGGCGAGUGGACUGCUCGGGCGAAGGGUAUUGAACGAGACCCUGCGAGCAAUGAAGGCACCGGAGAACGGCCCAAGUCGAAGUCGAAGCUCGAGUUGGCUCGCGAGCGAUUCGCAGCCAAGGAGGCCGCGGCUGCGAACGCUUGA